AUGCCUUCCGAGAAGUCCUCGUGGCCGCAGGUGGAGACCGCAGCGGCGCCGCUCGGCCUCGCAGGGGUCACAACUGGCUUCGCAUGCAACGAGGCGGACGCUGCGCAGGUGAUCCCCCUGCAGCCCCGCACGGACGCCGAGCUCGAGGCGAUGGAGCGACAGCGCUGGGGCAGAAUGGUGCAGGAAGGGGUUUUCCACCAGACCCUCCAUUUUCAGCGCUGGGACAAGGAGGCGCUGCUGCGCGGAUUGCUCUACCACACCCGCGCUGUGGCGGCCCGCACGACGGUGCGACCCACAACCACGGCGGCGCUGGUUUUGAGUCUCAACAUCAGCCCGGUCCUCUUGUCCGGCGAGAACGAGGGUGAGCGGGGGGAGGAGGUGCCGCCCAAGGCCUCCCGUCUCUACGCGUGGCGAGCGCCCGCGCUCCUGCCAGGCGAUCGGCUGAACAUUCUGAGCCAACUCGGUCAACGGCUUGAAAGUCAGUAUCGAUCCCUCUCCAAGCGGUCGUUGACGGUGGGUCACUGCCUUAAUGCAAGACAGGAGGACCUUGUGCGGGCGCUGGCCCAGUGCCGUCACCAGGCGGGCCCGAAGAGCAAGGUUCUUGUGCACUACGGAGGUCAUGGAGUGCCGCGGCCGGGUGGGGGCUCCCUGUACCUCCAGUCUCCCAGCGGGGAUGCGGUGAAGUACUCCCUGGACACAUUCUGCUCCCAGGUUGGAUUCCCGCUUAUCAUGGUGGCAGAGUGUGAGAACGCCGUGAGCGUACUGCACCACCUCUUAGAAAAUCGACAGAAGGGGGAUAUCGAGCAUUCCUUUAGCUACCGGCAGUAUGGAACGACCAUCGGUGGAUCUGCGUUGGAGGAGCCCGAGCGGCCGUACUUGAUGGUGCCGGGCUGGGACCGAUACGAGGUGGCUUCGGUUUCUGGCAUGGAAGGCGCCACAGCGACGCCCCCUUCGAGUGCGGCGUACUUGUCCGCCCUGCGUUGCCUAGGCUCUGCUGCGGCGCCAGCCGCACCUCCGUUGCUUUUCGACGACUUUUUUUUCCUUGGCGCCUCCGAGGAUGGGGCCCUUCCGCAACACCCCAAACUGCCCUCGGAUAUUUUUACCUCCUGCCUAACGACGCCGGUGCGUAUGGCGCUACUGUGGUUUAUUGUGCAAAAUGCUCAGACGGCGGAUGUCCACCCGCUCUUGAUGUAUCUGCUUCCAGGGGAGUUGAAUGACAAGAAAACCCCACUAGGGGCACUGCAAUGGGCCUUCAUGUCCAUCACGGAGUGCAUCGCAUGGUCUACCUUUCCUCAUGCCUUAUUUAUGCAUCUGUUUCGCGAGGAUGUGGUGGCGGCCCCCUUGUUUCGUGGGUUUCUGUUGGCGGACCGCAUUAUCACCGCGCUGGGGGCGAAGUUGACUGUCUACCCACCAUUGCCACGCACCAGCGACCACACGCUGUGGGACACUCUGGACAACGUUAUUGAUCGCACCUUGGUAUCGCUUUGGCGAGCGGUGCGCCCAACGCCGCCGACGAUGCUAAACGCCCUGGAGUUCCGCGAGUGGCUGGACUGGAGCGCGGCGAGUUGGCAGUACGACAAGGGCUCAAUGACGUUGCCGUCCUUGGGGGAUCGCGCUGUCGUUGUGCCGGACUUCCUCGGGGAGGAGUUUGCCUGCUUGGCCGCCGUAGUGGAACGCAUCACGGAGCAAGGCUUCACCAGACUCGUAAGCGUCGAUAAGCAGCGAGCAGAGUUUCUUGUGGGCUCGGCCACGGCCAGGCGACGGCCUCGCACGGACGACGACAGUCCCUUGUUGUUUUUUCGGAUGAAUGCCCCUGGAAAUGGGAAUAGCUCUACCACGACGAGGCCCUUUCCUCACGUUGUGCGGUUGCCUAUGCUUCUGCAGGGACUCUUAGUGAUGUCGCACCGUGAGGAGGCCACCGAGCUGGUCUGUCGCUUCGUGGAUGCCGGCCCUCUGGCCGUCACGGCCUGCGCCGAGGUGGGGAUCUUUCACAUUGCACUCGUGCAUUACUGGAGUCGCCCCGACUUGCGCCAUCUGCUACCAACCAUGUUAUUUGUUUACGCCAAGGCGUGCCACACGGAUCCCUCGUUGGGCGACGCGGACCCGAGGCAGCGUAAUCUGAUUAUUGACACCUGCAUGGAACUUCUGGAGCACCCGUUCAAGGUUCCUGCCGAGUCCACGGGGGAGGCUGGGGCGUGGCAGCGCGACGUCCUUGGGUCUUGGGCAGAACCAGACGGCCAGCGGUUGCUCGCGGCGGCGCUGCUCACCAUGCUGUGCCUCCACUCUAGUGAGGCGCGGCGGCGCUGUCGCGAGCAUGACGCCCUCCGCGUGUGUUGUAAGCUCCUGCGGGACGCGGCCGCAAAGACCCCAAGUGUCCGGCCACACGCGGUUGCGUCGAGGGGCGAGGGGGCGGGCGCGGAGGGGGAAGAAGGGAGUGGAAGCGAGGGGAACUUGUGGGAGGAGUGCGCCCCCGACGGGACGGACAGCAAUCCGGUGCCGAUGACAACGCACCUCCUGGGCCUCAUCGCGUUCCUAGUGGCCAUCGCCUGGGAGGGGCCCCUCUCUGUCGCGGCGGCAGAUGAAAAGGAAGAGGCGCCGCAGCAGCAACCGCAGCAGGAAUCGUACGAGGCAUUGGCUUUGCGGGAGCAUCUCUCCACGGCGAUUGAGGCGCUGCAGGCUUUGUCGUCCGCCAACGCCUCGGCGGUGCGUGGGGCAGCCACUAAGGCCAUCACGGUGUUGUUGUUGUCCCACAUCACGGACGAGGAGACCGCGAUCAUGUGCGUGCGGAGCAUCACUGGCAUGACUGCGGUAGAACUGACACCCUCCGAAGCCAACACCGAUAACCGUCUCGAGUUUGUGGGCGCUCUGUCCGUGGCCACGAGGUGGCUGAUCAGCCAUCUCUCCUUUACGCUCCCGCUGGGGGAGAUUCGGCGGGAGCUGCGCCGCGAGAUGACCAAGGUCUGGCGCACCGUCUUUGGGGCCCUCGCCCAUGACGCGGGCGAGGACGAUGCGAGCGGUUGCGGCUCCGAUGGCCGCCUCGCCGCGCCCUCGCCCCCGGCGUCCGCCAGCUUCAGCGGUGUGGACGAGCUGCUGCGCAUCCUGGCGAGACUCACCUGCCGGCUUACCGUUGCGACGAAGGACCCGUGCCCCCUGGUCGCGGCCCACGCCCAAAAGGUGCUCCGUGACGAGUUGUCCAUGUUCCACGUGCGGCACGUGCCGUUUUUGCAAACCUCAGGCAAUGCCCCAUGCGGGCGCGCCGACGCAGCCGCCUCCUCCCGCCAUUCUGCGAUCGCAACUUUUUUCUCAGGUGUGUUGAGCACGCUGACGUCGCGUGGAGGGAAGCCGACCCCUCGAGACGACCGUCAGGGCGGCGGGCAAGUGCUGCUAGACCUGGAGGGCGAGGACACGGUGGAGGAGAUGCUGGAGGCGGGCGGUGUUGUGGGUGGCGGCAAGACCGCGUCGGACCACAACCUCUCGCUGCGUACCGUGUCGGUGGACGACAACUGGACGAUCUCCUCCUUCGUCUAUACGCUGCUCUCGUUUCUCGGGGAACUGCUGCUGAUACCCAUGGAUGACCAUGACCCCAGGCACCCCUUUAACCUCGAAAAAGACGCCCACCUGCUCAAGUACCUGCGACAACUGCGCGACGAGCUGCGUGUGGCGGCGGCGCCCGGCUACGGCGCACGCGGGUACGAGGGCCACGUCCUCGCGUCCCCGUGGCUUCCAGCGGCUUCGCCGCAAUGGAGCCAUCCGCCGGGUCCGUCGAUGCCGUCGCAAGAGGAUGAGUCGCGCGGCCACACCCCCUCGCUUUCCUCCCUCCUGAAUUUGUCAUCAAGCGCCAGCGUCGACGCCGCUGCGGCUUGGACGACAGACCGCCAAUAUCCCUACCGGCUGCUGGCGGAGAGGCAUACGCUGGUGGAGCGUCACGGCAGGAUGCAGGUUUUGACCUUUCACCCCACGGAGCGGCACUGCAUAACGGGGACGAGUCAGGGCGUUAUUCAGGUCUGGUCCUUUGCGGACGUGCCGGGCGCUUCCCUGGCGUCGACGGCCGCCGCCUCUGGUCCCUCGCCCGUCUCCGGGGAGCCUUGCCGGUUGAUGGCGCAGAUUCCGCUUUCGGAGGUGGUGGCACGACCGAGGUGCGCCAUGCCCCCCUCGACGGUGUUGAGGUACAUGUACGACACCCAGCCGACCUCGCCGCACCGUGUCUACUACUCUAGAUCGUCUGGCGAGGAGUUUCCGGCCUACGGUGCCUGCGGCGCUGCCUCCGAAGCGACGCUGCCGCGGCGACGGGGGCUGUUGGGGUCAGGCGAUUACGGGGAGCGUGGGACGAAGGGGGCGGACCCGCUCACGGGGUUGCACCUGGUCGACUCCGCCUACCGCACCCUGCUCUGCGCCGUGGGCCGCUCCGGCUCUGUUCAGCUGUUCUCAGGAUACACCGAUGCGGCAACCGUGCGGCGCGUGACCACCUUUCUGACCAUGACCCACGAGGAGUCCCUUCGGAGUCAUCAGUGCCUUUCUUCGUACCACGCACCGGCGAUGCUGCUGCACUUGACCAGCGGCGAUGGGUCCAUUACCUCGUGGGACUUAAACUGCGAGCUGCGCGUCUUGGAAGGAGCCGGACGCGCUGAACUCGUGAAUUCACCUUCCGCUUUGGCUUCACACCCCUACGACGUCUUUACGUUUGCUGUAGGCGCAGGCUCUGUCUACCUCUACGACCUGCGGCGUCCGAGUCGCUCCACCCACGUGCUGCCGGAUCCCACAUCGCUGGGGCAGCCCCUCCAGCGGCAGGAGCGGCGCUUGUGCGACCACAAGCCCUUGUGUUUGCACAUUGGCUUUUCCUGCCGCUAUCCGCACGGUCUAGUGACAGGGCACGGCGGGGAACGGGGGGUUGUGAUGGUGUGGGAUGAUCGCAAUCUGCAGCAGCCUCUCUUUCAGAGGGUGGUCUCGGACACCGGGGGCGCCAGCUCCCCCUCCUUCCAUUCCGUCGGCUACAUGGACGUGCAGCACUACCAUUACGCGCUCACCACCCUGUCGGUAACGGCGGAUGCGCUCUGUGUGGAGGAUGCCUUGGACGCUCCAUCGUCGCCGCCGCCGGGGGCAGGCGGAGGAGGCACGAGUCGGACGCACAUACGGCUUAAGCAGCAGCCUGCCGCGGCCUCCUUUCACCCCGUUCUCCCGCUGUGUGGUGUGGCGGGUGGGGGUUUCUUGCAGCUGUACGGCCGCAAAAAGGUGUCGAUGUCCGAUCGACACGCUUAA